AUGAAGUUCUAUAUAGAUGAUUUACCAGUGCUCUUUCCUUACCCAAAGAUAUAUCCUGAGCAAUAUAACUAUAUGUGCGACAUCAAAAGGACUUUAGAUGUAGGUGGAAACAGUAUCUUGGAAAUGCCUUCAGGAACAGGUAAAACUGUCUCAUUAUUAUCGCUCACAAUUGCCUAUCAAAUGCACUAUCCAGAGCAUAGAAAAAUCAUAUAUUGUUCACGUACCAUGUCCGAAAUCGAGAAAGCUUUGGUAGAACUGGAAAACCUUAUGGAUUAUAGAACCAAGGAAAUGGGCUACCAGGAAGAUUUUCGAGGUCUUGGCUUAACAUCAAGAAAGAAUCUGUGUUUGCAUCCUGAAGUCAGUAAGGAACGAAAAGGUACAGUAGUCGACGAAAAAUGUCGUAGAAUGACGAAUGGCCAGGCGAGGAGAAAAGCAGAGGAAGAUCCGGACGCCAAUGUAGAAUUGUGCGAAUACCAUGAGAAUUUAUACAAUAUCGAAGUGGAAGAUUAUCUUCCAAAAGGUGUAUUUUCCUUUGAAAAACUUUUAAAAUACUGUGAAGAAAAAACCCUUUGUCCAUAUUUCAUUGUCCGUCGUAUGAUUUCUCUUUGUAACAUUAUUAUUUAUUCUUACCAUUAUCUAUUAGACCCUAAAAUCGCCGAAAGAGUCUCCAAUGAAGUUUCCAAAGACAGUAUAGUCAUUUUUGAUGAAGCGCACAAUAUUGAUAAUGUGUGUAUCGAAUCUUUGUCCUUAGAUUUAACAACAGAUGCGUUGAGAAGAGCUACAAGAGGUGCCAAUGCGUUAGACGAACGUAUUACCGAAGUUAGAAAAGUUGAUUCACAAAAAUUACAAGAUGAAUACGAAAAGUUAGUUCAGGGUUUACACUCUGCUGAUAUCCUUACCAACCAAGAGGAACCAUUUGUGGAAACGCCAGUUUUACCUCAAGAUCUUUUAACAGAAGCAAUCCCGGGAAAUAUACGGAGAGCUGAACAUUUCGUUUCGUUUUUGAAGAGACUUAUAGAGUAUCUGAAAACCAGAAUGAAGGUACUCCAUGUCAUUUCUGAAACACCUAAAUCAUUCCUACAACAUUUAAAACAGCUGACAUUUAUAGAAAGGAAACCUCUUCGAUUCUGUUCCGAAAGACUGUCGUUACUUGUAAGAACUUUGGAAGUCGCAGAGGUGGAAGAUUUUAAUGCAUUGAAGGACAUAGCAACAUUUGCCACUCUUAUCUCAACGUACGAAGAAGGGUUCUUGCUAAUUAUUGAACCAUACGAAAUUGAAAACGCCGCCGUUCCAAAUCCAAUUAUGAGAUUCACCUGUUUGGAUGCAUCGAUUGCCAUCAAACCAGUUUUCGAAAAAUUUUCUUCUGUUAUUAUUACUUCAGGGACUAUAUCGCCAUUGGACAUGUACCCAAGGAUGUUAAACUUCAAGACUGUUCUUCAAAAGUCUUACGCUAUGACGUUGGCUAAAAAGUCGUUUUUACCGAUGAUCAUUACCAAGGGAUCCGAUCAAGUUGCAAUUUCUUCAAGAUUUGAAAUUAGAAAUGAUCCUAGUAUCGUCCGUAAUUAUGGUUCCAUGCUAGUAGAAUUUGCCAAAAUUACACCUGAUGGGAUGGUUGUGUUUUUCCCCUCGUACCUGUAUAUGGAAAGUAUUGUUUCGAUGUGGCAGACAAUGGGUAUUCUUGACGAAGUUUGGAAGCACAAAUUAAUCUUAGUUGAAACACCAGAUGCCCAAGAAACAUCUUUAGCUUUGGAGACAUACAGAAAAGCCUGCUCAAACGGACGGGGGGCAAUAUUGCUUUCUGUUGCUAGAGGCAAGGUUUCAGAAGGUAUUGAUUUUGAUCAUCAAUACGGAAGAACCGUACUAAUGAUAGGUAUUCCCUUUCAAUACACAGAAUCACGUAUUUUGAAAGCUCGUUUGGAAUUCAUGAGGGAGAACUAUCGUAUUAGAGAGAACGAUUUCUUAUCUUUUGAUGCCAUGAGACAUGCUGCACAAUGUUUGGGAAGAGUCUUGAGAGGUAAGGACGAUUACGGUGUUAUGGUAUUAGCAGACCGUAGAUUUUCCAGGAAAAGAAGUCAAUUACCAAAGUGGAUUGCCCAGGGUUUAUCAGACGCUGACUUAAAUCUUUCUACUGAUAUGGCUAUAUCUAACACCAAACAAUUUUUAAGGACAAUGGCCCAACCCACGGACCCUAAAGACCAAGAAGGUGUAUCUGUAUGGAGCUAUGAUGAUUUAAUAAAGCAUCAAAAUAGUAAAAACAACAAGGGGGGGUUUAUUGAAAGCAAAAGUAAAGGGGAACAAGAACAAGAUGAAGACGAGGAUAUAGAUAUGCAGUAA